UCCUCUCCCCGUCCUCAUUUGAAGAGAAAAUGAGGAAGGAAAGCAGGGAGGAAGGAAGCAUUGGGCCAAUUUAAGGUUCCUCAAUUCUGCGCUUUGCUCUCUGAUUAGAUAUAUAUAGAGAGAGAGAGAAACAGGUAGAGAUCCGAUCUGGAGGUGGGAGGACAAGCGUGGGCGAAAAGUCACUGGAGCUCUCCCCUUUCCCAUACAUUCGAUUCGCUCAGUUCAGCUCUCUUACACGAAUUUUACGAACGGAAUCAGGCUUCGAUUGUUCUGGAGUGUGAUAAAAAGCCGUUCGAUCGCGUGGACUCGUAAGAAAAUCGAGUAUCCUUGCCCGAUCGAUAGGGAAACUUGUAUGCCCAAGUGCAAAGGAUUUAUCGUUUGAGUUUGAGAAGGAAAAUAGGAGAAGAUUUAUCCCGGAGACCUUUCUUAGAUUUUGGACCAUCGAAUGGAUCGAACUGCUCUUUGGAGAUGCUGGUAUUUCUGGCUUUUCUUUUUGGCCCUUUGACUUUUGUGACGAUUGAUGCAGAGCCUGGCAAGGACAGUGAACCCAUAGUCGCCCUGGAAUUUGAAUCGUUUGAAUCGACCGGCAAUUGUGGUUUCAGCAAGAUCUGCUCACCGUAUCAUCCAGGUUCCGGAUCCUUCUCCCCAGAGGGCUUUGAUUGUUUGAAGCGGGUUAAGCUCACGGUGAUAACAGCAUAGGGGCUUGAAUCUGUUCAUCCAGAUGCCGGAGUUAUCUAUGGUAGACUGCCGCGGAUUAAUUGAGUUCUGCAGGGCUUUUGAGCAGCACAAGAAUUCUUUAGCCAUGAGUGAUCAUCACCGAAACGGCAGGAGUAGGAGGCCGAGCGGGUCUUUGAACCCCCUAGCUCUUCCUCUGUGCGAUCAGUCACCAUUUGCUGCUUUGGACAUCAUCAUAUUGCUUAUUGUGCUUGGCGCUCUUGGGGUGCUUGUUCUGCCUUAUUUCAGGUUCAUCUGCCAUGAAGCAGCCGAGAUUUUUCCAGCAGCCAUCUUGGUGAUGGGCGAGGUCAUGUAUCACGUUCCGGUUGCUUAUGUCACCGGGGCAAUUGCAGCUUUCGUAAUCGUGGUUGUUGCUUGGGAGUUUCUCCACCACAAGGCCAGAAAAUGCGGAAAGCCUUACUGCAAAGGUCUUCGCAAGGCAGUUGAGUUUGAUAUCCAGCUUGAGUCAGAGGAAUGUGUUAAGAGUCUUCCUUCAGUGCUUAUGGAUGCCAUGGAAGCUGGACCCUUAGAGUUGGGACGGGAUCAUAAGGAGCUAGAAGCAGAACUAAAGAGGAUGGCGCCUCUUAAUGGUAGAGCUGUUCUUAUUUUCCGAGCGCCUUGUGGGUGCCCUGCUGGUAGGAUGGAGGUUUGGGGUCCCAAAAAACUUCGUAAAGUUAAAAGGUGAGUGGUAUAAUUGACGCAGAGGUGAAAGAGGAGGCAUCCUUGGGUUGGGUUUUGUCUGAAGACUCUGCAAAACAAUCUUACAGAGGCCAUAAGAUUCUUGCUGGUUCUUCUGAGCAGUUUUUUGUGGAUGGUAGUAACAUCCAGGUCUUCUUUCAGUGGAUGCUGUUGAGGCCCGAGCUGCAUUUUCUCUUUCUUUCUUCUUGCUUUCAGUUCUAUACUGCUGUACUUCAGUGCUAUGUGAAGGACCCCUUUUCUGAGUAAAUAAGCAACCAUAGUGUUGCCUAGGGACUGUUGCGGGGGAAGCAUGAAGCUCAUUACUGUAUAUCGUACGUUAGUAACAAUGAUAUCACAACAAGUGCUUGUUCUGUCCUCUA